CCCUCGUUGGGAGUAUCACGUAAGUACGUUACGAUCCCCAGAAAUCCCCCAUAGAUAUCCCAUUACGCAACCGCCUUAUGUCUUACUCUUCACACUUGUUCUCUCUACCCUAAAACGAUUCUUUCGCUCAUGCGCCGCUGAAUCAACAGAAUCCGAAUUGAGAAAGGAAUCGAUAAUCUGACUAUUGCGUGUUCACGAUCACGUCUAAUUUGCUAUUUGGUGGUGUUUGGCUGUGAAUCCUAUUGUGAGAUUUGCAUGAUGGGGGAUAGUAGUGGUGGUGGAACUGUGAAGAUUGAACCGAAUACAGAGAGUGAUGAUCGGAGAGCUGGAAUAACGAUCGACAUGAGAAAGGGAGCCGUGAAUAAGCUAUACGGUACGUUGAAGAAAAAGGUGCCUGUUUAUAAUACAGAAACUUUAAAUCAUAUUGCUAGAGUUGCUGUGGAAUGUGAAGAGAAACUCUUUCAAAAAGCGGCUAAGAAGGAAAACUAUAUCAUGGGAUUAAGAAGAAAGAUUGAAGGGCUAGAGAGAUUAAAUUAUGCCGAUGUUCAAGAAUCUUCCUCCACUGCAGGUUUAAAUCAAAAUUCUGAGCCACAUGGUGCUGAGAUUAGCUCUAGUUUGCAAAAUGCAUUCCAACUUUCACAUGACUUCUUUGGAAAGUUGGAUGGACAAGAAGACACACAACUAAAUGUCUCUGUCACCCGGAUGGAGACUCCAAGAACUCAGCCUUCGCAACAAGUGACUUACCAGCAAUGCCAGCAACAGGAGUUACAGCAUCAGCUUUUGAAACACAACACCCAGCAACAAACUAGUUGUCCUGCUCCUGGCCAUCUUAAUAUCAACAAUGUUCAUUUCCAUCAACAACAGCAACACUUUGUCUCCCAGCCAAGUCCGAUACAUUAUUCUGAGCAAAUGAUAUUACCAAAACCACUACAUGGACAGGCAUCUGGUCCGCAAUCAAAUGCUAUAGUAUUUCAGCAGAACCAACAAUCCGACCAGCAAAACAAUCUUUCAUUGCAGCAGCGGUCAGUGUUGCAGAAAAAUGGUGAAUACUUCUUUGAGCAGCCACUGAACCCACAGAGUAAUUUUUCUGGAGUCCAGAAUAUGCGAAAUAUGAUUGGACCACAUUCAAAUGCCUUGAACUUGCAAUCACGUCAGCAUUCAUCCCAAAUUCUUCAGCAUACAGAAUUUACAAGCUCACAACCAAAAUUCCAGCAACCCAUGCAAGGAGUUAAGUUGGAACAGGUUCUGGGUUCUCAAAUGCAAAAUGUUUCAUCACAUGUAUGUAUGCAGCAAAGACCACGAACAUCUGCUGUCCUGCAUCAGCCUCAAAAUCUUUUUGAUCAGCAGAAGCUGUUUCAGUCACAGAGAGUUUUUGCUGAGGUUUCAACUGCCAGUGAACCAGUAAAGGAUGCAGAUUAUAAUGAACAAGCCUAUCAGAAGAUUCAGUCCUUCAAGAAGCAGCACCAGCUCCAGCUGGAACAUUUACAUGAAAAGUUCAAGUGUGCUUCCCAAAAGGAAAUGAGGGUGGAUGUAUCUGAGAAGUAUAAAAAACAUAUGUUACACAUAGAGAAGGUUUUAAGAUUCUUAUCAAUGUCCCAAAUUGAUAUUAUUCGAUGGCCCCGGAGAGCUGUUGAUCGCUUUUUUCAAGAGAUCAAGCUUUAUCUUGCUCGUGUGGUCAAGAAUUCUGCUUCCAACGAGCACCAUGUGCAAGUUACACAGCCAGCUGGUGGCCAAACUCUAAUAUCUCAGCCGCAGCAAAACAGGGAGCUGAAAAUUCAGUUCAAUACAGCAAACUCGGCCUUGAGAAGCACUGUAAUUGGCUCACCUUCUCUAUCAGCAACACAGUUGGAGAAUCAAAAUUUGCAUUCAAACAUGUUCAGUUCAGUUCCUUAUGAUUCUCAAGUGGAAAUGGAACAAAGGAAUGAACCAAGUAUGCUGCAGCAUGAGUUAGACCAGAAUACCUCAGGUGCAUCAGCAGAGUCUAACAUUUCUCGUAAUAGCAGAGUGAAUGCAUUUGAUUCUGCUGCAAAAAAUCCAGCAGUACAGCCACAACACCCCCAAGGGCAUCUUCAGCCACAAUGGUUUCAGCAGAAGAAGCAACAAGUGCUGAUGCAGAAUAACCGCUUGGGUUUUGGCACAGGAAUGGUUAAUCCCUUGGCCUGUAAACCUUCUAACAGUCCCGGCCAAACGCUCUUUCUAAGAACACCUACUCAACUGCAUGCCUCUUCUCCUCCAAUGUUUCAGCAUUCCUGUCCUCCCUCUGACCAGAAAAUUUUGUCACCUCUUUCAAAAGCUAGGUUGCCAUUGCAAUCUGCAACUUCACCAUUAGCAAUACCUUCUCCUUCUUCUCCCCUUAAUCCGUCUUCUACAUCUGUAGCCCAUGCAAAGAAUCCUUCUGGUGUUUAUCCACUAUCAGUUAGUGAAUAUAAUGGACAUGCUCAGACGUCAGCUUCAUUAGCUCAAGACGUGAUACAGAACCAAGUUGACAAUCACUCCCUUAGCAUUGGUCUAUCAGACAUAUCAGCCUCCCCAUUGCCAACAGAUAUUACUGGCCCAGAUGGAGAGCGGCAAUCACUAGAUACAAAGCAGCCAAUCGAGCGAUUAAUCAAAGCGGUUGAAUCAAUAUCACCAGAAACAUUGUGUGCUGCUGUCCAGGACAUUGCAUCAGUUGUCGAUGUGGUUGAUAUGAUAGCCACAACAGCUUGUGGUAGUGAUACUGCAGGUACUAUUGUUGAUGAUUCCGUGUAUGAAACAAAUUUCUGCACACAGGUGGAGGACUCCAGUUCAAACAGGGAGUGCUCAUUCUCCAAUAAGAUUAAGCGCAAAAUAAGUGCAACAGCUUUGGAUCCCAUAAGUGAUCCGGUACAUUUGGAUUCAACUGCAGUGUUGAAGGCAAAGAGACGAAGGAUAGAGCCGAGAUAUGCAUUGUUGGAUGAGAUCAGAUCCAUUAACCAACGGUUAGUUGAAACCGUAAUAGACUUGGAUUCAACCAAAGCUGGUGGAGGCACCAUCGUCAGGUGCUCUUACAAUCCUGUGUCUUUCAGUGGAUACGUUAAACCUCAAGUCUCAUCACAGUGGUCAAUGCUUCCCUUGCUUUUGUUCAUUCCCGCUAGUUAUCCAAAUUCUUCUCCAGUAAUCUUUGAUGGGAAGAGUUCUGUCGCUGAGAGUACCGAUGGUAAGGAAGCUGUAGAUGAUAGUGAGUGCAAUGAUGAUCUAUCCACAAAAGCAAAGGAGAGGUUCAGCAUGUCUCUGCGCAAACUUUCGGUACCCAUGUCUCUUGAAGAGAUGGCAAAGACUUGGGAUAAAUGUGCUCGGGCCGUGUUAUCUGAGUAUGUGCGGCCUUUUGGAGGAAAAUGCUUCAGUUCAAUAUACGGAUCGUGGGAGGACUGCGUAACUGCUAUAUGAGAGAGAGAGAUAUUGCAGGUUUGAACCUGUGACAGGCAAUUGAUGCUCAUUUGACAUGCAGACAAAUUUGAUCACAGCUUUACUUGGCCUGCCCGACUUCAAGUUUGUCAUGAUAAUUAGUGAACUGUGUUUAUCCUGCAAUUGUAAAUUCGUCUCCUCCUGGCUUGAGCUGACCAUGGGAUUACUCCACAUUCUUUAGAUAAUUAUGUGAACUACUGAACUGUGUAUAGCAAUUCUUUAGAAGAUUGGCCGGAAUCAAUCUCUUCAUGUCUGAACCCUAUGAUCAUCGAACUCUUAUUUACUAUUUAGGGUGAUAAUUUUAAUCCUCAACUAUU